AGUCGAUCAAAUUAGUAGCAAAUUUCUUUUUCUCAUCCAAAUCUUUGUUUUUUCUUGAAUUUAGGGCAUAUUUCGCCACAUGAUGUUGUAUAGAGUGUUUAGUAUUUUAUUGUUAUACGGCGGGUUCAUGCAAAAUUAUGCCCAAGGAAGUGGCAAACCAAACAUCAUCUUUAUUAUGGCAGAUGACUUGGGGUAUAAUGAUAUUGGGUACCAUGCCAAAAACCACAAUUCCGACAUGAAAACGCCAUUCCUCGAUGCAAUGGCCGAACGGGGCAUAAAGUUGGAAAACUACUACGUCCAACCUCGUUGCACUCCAUCACGAAGUCAACUUCUUACCGGAAGACAAGACAUAUCCACUGGUUUACACCAUGCUGUAAUUUACACCGGCCAACCAAAUGGCGUACCUACUACGUUAAAAAUGUUGCCAGAACAGCUUAGGGACUGCGGCUAUGAUACACACAUGGUUGGAAAAUGGCAUCUUGGUUUCUAUAAAAAUGAAUAUUUACCUUCAAACAGAGGAUUUAAUUCGUAUUUCGGAGAUCUGAACGGCGUCUCCGAUCAUUUCACACAUACUUCGUGCUCAAAGCAAUCAUGUGGAGUGAGCAUGUGGAGUUCCUCUGACGGUCCUGUUAAUAAUACGUGGGGUGAAUAUUCAGCUCAUUUGUACGCAAGAAAGGCAAUUGAGGCAAUUAAAAAGAGAGACAUCAUGAAGCCAUUCUUUCUAUACCUAUCGUACCAGUCAGUACAUACGCCCCUACAAGUUCCUGAUGAAUACAUAAAACCAUUUAAUCACAUUAGUGACAAGAAGCGAAGAACGUACGCGGGUAUGGUACUGGCUAUGGAUGAAUCAAUCCAAAAUGUUACGUCAUAUCUCCACAAAGUAGGAUUACUUGAGAACACAAUUGUCGUUUUCUCGACUGACAACGGUGGAAUAACGAGACAUGGUGGUAAUAAUUAUCCGUAUAGAGGAGGGAAAGUUUCAUUGUACGAAGGAGGUGUCAAAGCCGUAGGAUUUAUAUAUGGAAAGCCACUUGGCAUGAGGAAUGUCACACACAAAGGCCUUGUUCAUAUUUCAGAUUGGUAUCCAACUUUCCUGCGGUUAUCUUCAUGUCCGAAAAUGGAAGGAACUCAGCCGCUUGACGGAUUUGACCAACUUAAUUCUAUUGUUAAAAAAACUCCAUCUCCACGACAUGAAAUACUGCACGGAUAUGAUCCUCGUUUUAGAAAGGUUGCCAAAACGACUCAAUAUAGUUCACAGACUGUUUAUAAUACUGAAAUUCGAGCAGCCUUGCGCUGUGGCCCAUGGAAACUCAUAACUGGUCAUCCCGGUCCUAAUCUCGCAGAACAACCACCAGAAUACAACCAACGUUUCGGUAUAGGAAGGAUGAAGAAAGGCCGAUCCGAUGGACCUAUUUUUCGACGGGACGUUCAACUUUAUCACAUAGAAUCAGAUCCAACUGAGAAAAUAGAAGUAUCUGAUAAAUACCCGAAGGUCGUAUAUAGAUUGUUGAACCGUCUUUCGCAAUACACUGCAGAAGCUGUACCCGUAAGAUUCCCUGGCGUAGAUCGUCGUUCAAACACUGAGCUACAUGGAGGUUUUUGGGUGCCGUGGCUGAGUAAAUGAGCAUUUUUGUAGGCAAAUAGAGAACAAUGUUGAUUAAAUUUGAACUUCUAGAGCUGACAUGGAUAAACUACGACCAGCGGGCCAAAUCAGGUCCGUUGGGUGAUUCAAUCUGCCCGCCUGAUGCUGCCGUGAAUUUAUGCGUUCAACCAAUUUUGCAUGUAGCCUACUACAUAGUGGUUGUCAUUAAAAUAUGUACGGUGCAAUAGAAUUGUAAGAUGAACUUGUAAGAUCGUGAUCGUAAUAUGUGUGAGUCGGAUUUAAAGUUGCCACAGACUUUCAUGAUCUGGGAAAGUUAACAAAACUUUAUGUUUUCUCGCUCACUCAAUUGACGACGUGCCUCUCAAACCUACUUCUCAUACUCUUGUCGUGUGCCUCUAGUUUAAAUUUGGUGUCCACAAAGUUUUUUAACGUAACAUAACGCCCUCUUAGCGUUCUUUUUUGUUUGAAGCUUACGCAUUCUUUCCGCGUAAUCUAGUUUCUAUCAUUUCCUGAUGGUUUUUAAUAUUCUGUUGCUGCAUGCUUUUCUACACCCGAAUUCGUGAAGAUAUUUAUAACUUAAUUAUUACCUCACACAUACAUGUCCCGCCCGUUUAGAUUGGCAAAUUUUUAGCCACUGGUCCAAAAACCUUGGCUAGAACUUAUUGUUUAUUUUUUAUGUGUACCAAUGUUUCACUUCCAUUUAUAUUACAUAUUUGUCUUCUACCAUGUACUGCAGUGGGGCCCAAAGUUGAUUGACCAAGGACAAAAUUAGACGUGGAAGGAUAUUCGCUGGCCGGGGGAUAACUCACUGAUAACUAAGAAGCUGCCGUAUAUCAUCCUAAAAUCGGGAGUGUAUGAUUAAGAUACUGGUGUAAAUAGAUUGUUAGGAAUGGUUACUCACUUAAUCGGUGAUGAUGACGUAACAAUUGACGGUAUCUAGAUCGCAAAAAUAACAAAAUAUAAAGUGUUAAAUGCGGGCCAUAUUGAUCGUUACGCAGGGCGUAGUUGGCCCGCGAUUUGGGAACUCCUGAUCUGCUGUCUUGAUAACAUUUAUAAA